AUGGUCCCACCUCCGACUAAGGAAAGCAUCAAGCAGAAGCAUCGACGAAUGGAGCUGACCCUAGAGGGCCCUUCGAACCCGCAGACCGCUGAUGACUCGGGGGUCUACGCCAGCAUGGGUAUCGAUAACAGCUAUGACCGAGAGGAGUUCCAGAGGAGGCUCAAGAUGAAGGUACAAAGGGCCAGCGAUGAGGUGGUAGAAGUGGACGUCGUGGGAAUCGAUCCCCCGAUCGCCAAUGCUUUGAGGAGGAUCAUGAUAGCCGAGAUACCUACCAUCGCAAUCGAGAAGUGUUACGUCUACCAGAACACCGGUGUCAUUCAUGACGAGAUCCUCGCACACCGUCUUGGUCUAGUCCCUAUCUAUUGUGAUAUUGACUCCUUGAAGAUGCGUGAUGAGGAUGCACCACCAGAGCAGAGAGAUGACGUUACUGAUCCUGACACGUGGAUUUGCUUCUCAUUGGAGAAGGUGUGUCCGCAGAGUCACCCUCCGAGGGAAUCAAUGCCGGUAUAUAGCGGCGACCUCAAGUGGGUGCCCCUCAACGCUGAGCAGGAGGAGCGAUACAAGGAUGAUCCGCCUCGUCCCGUCUAUGACGAUGUUCUCAUCACCAAACUCCGAUGUGGCCAAGAGCUCGAGAUCAAGUGCUUUUGCUGCAAGGGUAUCGGGAAGAUCCAUGCGAAGUGGAGUCCUGUCUGUACGGCUACCUACAGGCUCAUGCCUGAUAUAAUCCUCAAGGAGCCUAUCGAAGGGGCAGAGGCUAAGAAGUUCAAGUUGGUGUGUCCGAUGGGCGUGUUUGAUAUUGAGGAUGGUGCUGCGGUCGUGAAGAACCCUCGGGCAUGCACAACCUGUCGACAGUGUAUUGAACCCGGCAAUGGUUUUGCCGACAAGGUGUCGCUUGGUAAGCUGAAGGACCACUUCAUCUUCACGGUGGAGUCCGUCGGGCAGAUCCCCGCGCCACAGAUAUUCGCGCAGGCGGCUGUGGUGAUGCAGAACAAGUGUCGUCUUGUGAAGAAGAGCCUCGAGGACCAGAUGGGGAAGAAGACGGCUCGUCAGGUGAAAUCGGGGGAGGAUGAGGCCGAGCCGAUGGAGGUCGAUGGCUGAGGUGGUUGGUAAGCGCAGCCGACGUAAAUAACUUUACCACUACGAUUACUGGUAUCUUACAACGAACUCG